AUGCAAGUAAAAAAGGAAGUGGGAAAAACAGGUGGUGGACCUGCGCCAGACAAGUUGACACCACUUGAAGAAAAGGUGCUGACUGUCAUUCCGAAAGCGUCCAUUGAGGGUGUCACUGCAGAGGGGGAUGUUUUUUUAGACAAUCUUAAAGAAUCCUCCAUUGAGGAGAAAUUUGAGACUGAAGAAGUGCAAGGUACACACAAUGAAAACAAAAUGGUUUCACUGGCUGAAAAUGUUGCACUACUUCAAUUGACUGAAAAUUUAAAAACUCAAACAGAAGUUGCAUCAAGCAGCUGUGAUAAAUUAGAAAACAAAAAAACGGAAGACAGGCACAACAAAUACCACAUGUCAAGCAUGUAGGAGCAGUGUGACGAAAACCCAGGAGGAGAUGCUGAUUGCAUCAAGAGAAAGAAAUACCAUACUGAAAGACAUUAACAGAAAUCUCGAGGAACUGGUUUCUUUAAAGAAAAUGAAAUUCUUAAAUGCGCAAUUGUUUCCCGAAUUGUAAAUUGGUUUUAACUGUGAUGAUAUUAAGUGUUAAGUGUUUCUAUGAACCGUAUUAACUAAAUGAUGUAAUUGUAUUAUUAAUUGUCAGACGAGUUAUUACACUAUGCCCAGUUGGUAUAUUGUACUUUCUAAAUAAUAAUAAAUACAUGUGAAUGUUCUUUAUGUUUUAUUAAUUGAAUACAAGUAUAGUUGCAAUUGUUAUCAAAAACCAUACAUAUCAUUAGGAUAAAAAUGCCUAUAAAAUUACUAAAAACUUGCACAGGUAGAUUAAUAAUUUAGGAAGUACAAUAUACCAACUCCGCAUGGUGUUGUAAUUCAUCUGACAAUUUAUAAUAAAACUAAAUAAAAAUAUUAGAAAUAACUCUAAAUAAAUGUGA